GUCAUAACAAGGAUUGUGAAAAGUAGCCAUAAUCGUCUUAAGAAUCUAUAGCAAAGGGAAAUGCUUUGAGUGUAUUGAGAGGCAAAUUGAGAAGCAAGAUGCAAUAAAAAUGUCGGUCAUUUAAUCCCUGUUCUGUUCACUUUAUUCCAAUCUAAAAAUCAAAUAAAUAGAGUGCACCACAUGCAAAUUUGCAUAUUGGGUUAUAAUAAUAAUCGGUUAAAAAUAUACAUAAUUGUCGUAGCAUGUCUGAACCAACUUAAGAGAGUAACCUUCAAUCUUUGUUCUUAAUUCCAGUAUUAGAAGUUAAGCAGAGAUUAUCGUGAUCCAGAAAGAACCGCCAUAAAUUCAGGCGGUGGGAAACUCUUACUCAGCAGACAGUAGGAUAAAAUGGUUUAUGGAAUAGCAGUACGGAUGAAUAAUCCUCCAUCAAUGCCGCCUCAAUUUUCUCUCUCCUCCACUAAUCUUCUCUCUCGUCGCUCUGAUCUCGUCUUCGUCGUCAAUCCUCGAGGAGCAAAUGGUACGACUGGAAAGGAAUGGAAGAAAUUAUUGCCAUAUUUGAGGUCUCGUCUUUCUUCUGAUUGCAAUAUAUGUGAGUCUUUUACAUCAGGUCCCAGCCACGCAACUGAUAUAACAAGAGAGGCUAUCAGGGAGGGUGCCAAUGCCGUAAUUGCUGUGGGUGGUGACGGAACCCUUCAUGAGGUUGUGAAUGGCUUCUUUUGGCAAGGUAAUCCUGUUUCAAGCCAAAAUGAAAAGCCUGCUCAUACAACUGCACUUGGGCUUAUUCCCUUAGGCACAGGUUCUGAUUUUGCCAGAACAUAUGGCUGGAAAAAUGACCCUUAUGAAGCUGUUGAGCGCAUAGCUAAAGGAUUAAAAUCACGCCUGGAUGUCGGUGUCAUUACUGCAGAAGAUAAAGACCCUCAUUAUUUCAUAAAUGUUGCUGAUAUUCACUUGAGUGCAAAGGCAGGUUACUAUGCGGCCAGAUAUAAAACUUUGGGGAAUCUAUGUUAUGUUAUUGGGGCUUUGCAAGCUUUCAUGGGGCACAAGAAUGUAGAUCUUAGGGUGAAGAUUGAUGAUGGUGAAUGGAUGAAGUACUCUCAAGUUACAGCUCUUUGCAUUGGAAAUGCAAAAUACUUUGGUGGUGGCAUGAAGAUUACCCCCAACGCUGAUCCUUCUAAUGGAAGCCUUGAGGUUGUGGCCCUUCAGGAUUUCAAGUGGUACGACUUCAUUUUGAAAUUGCACAAGUUGUAUAAUGGGACACAUCUAUCUGUUAGAAAUGUAACAUCAAGAAGUGUACGUUCAAUUGAAGUGGAGCAAAUUGAUGAUGGCGAUCCCAUUUAUAUCCAGUCUGAUGGAGAACAUAUAGGUUUCCUUCCAAGGAAACUAUGUAUUUUACCCGGUGCUAUUGAGAUGAUAACAUGAUAUCCUAGAAAUUUCAGAUGCGCUUCAGCUGUAAAUCUUUGUGAUGAUUCACUACUUGGGAAUUCCUCAGGGGCAUGCCAUUCAUGUGAUUGUUUGAUCCCCAAGCUUCCAUCUCCCCAGGCUCUAUUGUCAGUAAUUGGUUCGGAGUUUUUCGUAAGCAUUUCAUAGCUGCCUGCUGUUUUUAUCAGAUGGUUGUUGAUGCGUCUGCAUAUGCGGAUGUGUUCACUUUGGCAGUUCCUUACUAAUGUGCACUUUGGCAGUUCCUUACUAACCUGAUGCUGUGAAGUAGUUAAUGGCUGAAAGACUAGAAAUACUGUUGAAUUGUUCAAUAUCAGUUACUGCAGCUAUCCAAAUUAUAAGCUCAGUAAUUCGCUAAAUGAAACAAUCCUAUACAAGGAAAAGAUUUCUCGUUUUGUCUCUCUUUUAUUUUGGUGUCCUGGAGUUUUUUGUAGCCUGUGGAUUAGAUUGAUACGGAGUAUGUAACAAGUUUCAUAUCAGAUUCACUCUGCUUUACCCUUUUUAAAAAUUCCAUUUACUAGGUCAUUGUUUUUUAUCUCCUAA